AUGUUCCAGGGUCCCCGCAGAGGCUGGGGGCGGGGCGGGGCUGGGUGGGGUCCUCCUCCUCUGACUGCUGCCUCUCCUACGUCCCCAUUUGAUUGGCACUGCCCAGGACCUCCCCACUUUGCACCAGCCAUAGAAAGCCGGAGCCAACCUAGCUGCUGGGACCAGAGCGCAGUUCCCCGCGGCUGGAGAGGGUUGGGGACUGCGGGAAGGGCUGGACUGAGAGUGUGCUGGGGCGUAGCAGCCCGGGGAAUUCCAGUCUCCUCUCCUCAUUCCGUCCUUCCCCCUCCACAGAAGCAGCUACCACCUCAAGCCCUGCACAAAGCUGGGUGGGUGCUUGUUAAUAUGCGCUGCUUCUUGCAUGCCUCAGUUCACCCACUCCGACCGUUGCAGUUCGAAAACGUCCCUGACUGGCCCGCCUGCAGGGAGCCAGAGCCAAGCUCCCAGAAGGCUUCCGUUAGAUCCCUUGUCUACAUAACCUCCCUGUGUCUUGUGGACUGGCUUCUGACCCACAUCUCUAGCAAGAGAAAUGCUUCUCUCCAAGCAAUGUUCACCAGUGGUGGAGUUCUAGGUGAUGUUCUUGCAUGGGGAUGGAGAACCAGGAGCUGGUGAGGAGAUCCACAGAUGGAAGCCUGAAGUAGCCUUUGUAAGGUCAAGGGACUUAUGUGGGACACAGAAGUCUUCAUGUUCUCCAGAAUAAACCAGCAUUGUAGAAUUGGUUUCAAGAGCAUUUCCAUUUCCUGUGAUGAAGGAGGGGCAUUUCCAAGACUUGAACUGAUGGACAUCCCCUACCAUGCCAGGCUGGAGCCUUGCAGAUAAGUAUGCCAAAAUUAUUAGCCUCCCCUCUCUCAUCUUUUUGGCUCUGGGAAAGGCCAUAUGGGAUAAGUGCUUAGUAAAUGUUAAUGUUGAGUUAAAUAGAAUAGAAAA